GCAAGGAAAAAGGAAAGGAAAAUGUCGACUCUUUUUCAACUUGGCAUUUUGCUUCUGUUUUUAGGAGCUGUGCAGUGCAAGGAGUAUAUCUCAAGCGACAACGGCUUCAUGAUUAAAACAUACGAGCAUGAUGUGCAGCAAGGAGACAAAAAACUGAUUACAUGUGCUUUGUGCCAGACAGUCGUGGACUUAAUCUUAAAAUCUGUUGGAAGGAAUCUCUCAAAGCCCAAAAUCGAGUCUGCUCUAAACAGAGUGUGCUACAAAGUGAGAGACCAAAACGCUUGCAUUGAAUUUGUUUAUAAAUACAAAGCUAAACUGGUUGAACUCCUCCUGAGUGGAAAAGGUGCCAAACCAAUUUGCAGGCUUCUCAAGCUGUGCAGAUUUUUUAAAUAGCAAAGUUUUGUACUCAUUUUGCUCCUUUAUAUAACCAAAAAGUGCACUUAGCCCGCUGUUAUAUAAUAAAGUCAUGAAAGUGACAAGUAGACAUCAAGAUCAUUACAAGGACAAAAUGUAUGUAUAAAAUGUUAAUGUGUAUUGCAUAAAAUACUGAAUUAAUAUUCCAAAUAUUUAUGUAUGAAUACACGUGAAUAAAUAUUUUUCAUAGCCAUAAGAACUGGAUU